AUGAUGUCAUCGCGUUUCCCACAAUGCAUCUGCUGCAAAACAACGCAGGCGUACAACACAUUUCGUGAGUGUCUUCCAAAGAUGGCGGGUGUCCCUGAUCCACUGGAAGAUAUGCUUUAUUCAGAAGUGGAUGAAAAAGCAGUCAGCGAUCUCGUAGGUUCGUUAGAAUCGCAACUUGGUGGUCAAAAUAAGUUAGCUGCUUCACAAAGCGAAGUCAGGAGGUCAGGGUCGUCAGAAACAGUAAAUAACAACUUGGGAAAAUUAUUACCCGCUCAAGUAGGAACCACAUUGGAACAGCGGCAGUCAGGACUCCACAAAGUGGAGCAAAUGCAGGAGGUCAGCACUCAAGAAAACGUCUCCGAGGGGACACCGACGUCUAAUUCUAUGCCGUCCUCUUUGAGCACGCCUGGGUCUGUGGCGAUUGCUACGAAUCGCGUGCAGUCGCACGCCACGGCAAACACAACGCUAGUACCAAAGCCUGCACCGGGACCCGUAACUUCUCCGAACUGUUCAAGUGACGCAGCAGUUGUAACGUUAGCACCAUCAUCAUUGCCUACAGAUACUCUCCCUAACACAAAUCAUAUAUCGUCAGCUGUGCGGACCGUUUCUUCCAGAGCACUGUCUAGCGGGAAUGGAAACAGCGGGACAGUGACUGUUAACUCUCCUGCUGUUGCCUCUGCUACCGCUGCUCAAGCUGGAUUUCAAACCGAGGCAACCAGUGUGAACGGUGGUGUCACUGGCUCUGGUUUAGGGAGCGAUAACGGCAACAUGAUCGUCCCUAAUGGCACAAGUGGUACUUUCGUUUCUUCUCAGCCUAAUCAUAUAUUGCCUCAAGCAACAAAUCUAUCAAGUAGUCAGACGACCCCUGCUGUUGCAUUGCAGCGCCCUCCAAACGUUGUGCCUAACGGAAGUGACCCUGAGGUUGCAGCGUUGCCCGCACAGGGUGUCAGUGCAGCUCCUGGCCCAGCUUCGACUGUGGUAUUUUCAAAUACAAAUGCUAGUUUAGUGAAGGGUAACCCACAAACCCAGAUUAAGACCAUUGUCCCAAACCAGCUCCCUGGUAACCAUGUAGGCUUGCAUCCUUCUCCAUCUACACCGGUCUUUACACCUGCAGGCAGUAUGCAGUCAAAUGCAGUGGGUGCUUCACUUUCGGUAUCAAGCAAUCCCACAGUUCUAGUGAAGCCAGAUGCAUGUGUUGCAGGCCAGGCCACGAGCCUGCUAAGACCUGGCGCUCCAUCUACGGUGGCAGUCACUGCAGGAGUAGCACAGGGCCAUGGGGUACCUGCAUCGCCCAGGCCCGUGAUACCUCAACUUGCUGUCAGACCUCAGCAGACCACUAUUCAGUUACCACCGGGAUUCACCAUUCCACAGGGCAUGGUGCUGGUCCGUACUGAAGCGGGCCAAUUGGUGCUGGUUCCCCAGCAGGUUCUGGCCCAGGCCAAAGCUCAGAAUCAGAACAAGGCUAAUCUGUCCCCCAGACCUGCGACGCCCUCUACAGGAGCCACCUUCAGGGUCACCACUCCUGUGUCUCAAUCACCUGUGACAUCCCAGCCCAUCCGGCCUAUUUCCCCUGCCCAGGUGAAGGUGGUGCAGGCAGCAGGUGUUGCCAGCCCUGCCCUACAGAAGACCCCAGUGGUGACCGUGAGCUCUGCCCAGCAGCACACAGCCAACACCACGGUGAUCACAGCAGGAAAUCGCCUUCAGGGCCCUCCGCAGACACUCAUGAAGCCUUUGUCCACGCCUCCCACAGCCACUGUGACCAUGACAGGGGCCAGUGGCUUCUCUCAGGAAAUGCAAGAGAAUGUAAAGAAGUGCAAGAAUUUCCUAGCAACAUUGAUCAAACUGGCAUCCCACAAUUCCCCCUCUCCAGAUACGUCUCGCAAUGUGAAGGCACUUGUGCAGGACCUGCUGGACGCCAAAAUCGAGCCAGAGGAAUUCACCAGUCGUCUGCAGACGGAACUUAAGUCAUCUCCUCAGCCAUACCUUGUGCCCUUUCUGAAGAAAAGCCUGCCUGCUCUGCGACUGACCCUGCUCAACUCGCAGCAGUCUCUGGUCCAGCUAGGCCAGGCACCUGCAUCGUCCACGCCUCUCACUGGUAGCACGAUUAAGGCUCCGCCUCCCCGUGCCCUAUCCACUGCUGUGCCCACAGUCCGGACCACCAUCACCCAGGAUCCUACUGCCACAGUCGCCAUUAAAAGGUCAGGUGCACAGGCCAGUCCGACUAGGAUGCCCAUGGUGAUCACCCAGGCGAUCCGGCCUCAGGGUUCUGUGGUCAGAGGAGCAGCAGUGCAGUUGAGGGGUCCAGUGCCCAUCACCAUGCAGGCCUCAUCCAAUCAGAAACAGAAGCUGAAUGAUCCAGGAGGCGGGACUUUCAGGGAUGACGAUGACAUCAAUGACGUUGCAUCGAUGGCAGGCGUGAACCUGAACGAGGAGAACGCUCGUAUCCUAGCCACAGGCUCCGAGCUGGUGGGCACGCAGAUCCGCUCCUGCAAAGACGACACGCUCCUGCCGGCCGGCCCGCUUCACAGGCGCAUCCUGGAGAUAGCACGAAAGCUGGGAGUGAACGAGGUGGCGGGGGAUGUGGUGAGCCUCGUGUCCCACGCCACCGAGGCCAGGCUCCGCACCAUGCUGGAAAAUGUCUCGGCUCUCGCCCAGCACCGCGCAGACGGCUGCAGGGAGGAAGGGGUACGUGAGCAAACGUCAGAUGUGAGGGCCCAGCUGAAGUUCUUUGAGCAGCUGGAGAAGCUGGAGAAACAGCGGAAGGACGAGGAGGAGAGGGAGAUUCUGCUGAGAGCUGCCAAAAGUCGUUCAAGGCAAGAAGACCCAGAGCAGGCUCGGCUGAAGCAGAAGGCCAAAGAGAUGCAGCAGCAGGAACUUGCUCAGAUGAGGCAACGCGACGCUAACCUGACAGCCCUCGCCGCCAUUGGACCACGCAAGAAACGCAAGUUGGAGUCCCCCGGACCCCCUGCCUCUGCAGGAGAGGCUUCUGGGAGCUCCUCGGGCCCACUGGGUGCCACCUCGGCCCCGCGGCAGGCUCGCAGGAUCACACGGGUCACCCUCAGGGACUUGAUCUUCUGCCUGGAGCAGGAGCGCACCACGGCCCGCUCGCUGCUCCUCUACAAGGCCCUGCUGAAGUAAGACCCGACCUCUGUAGGGGGGUGACUGGCGCCCUGCCUCCCUGAACCCCAAACGGGCCUUGGCCAUUGGAGAGGCCCCGCCCCCCCCCUCGCCUGCUUCCCACACCUCUCCUGCAUCUUCCUUUGUGCCUUCAGGCAUGCUGGGACAUAACCUCAGAGACCCUGUCUUUACUUUAAUGGUAAAGAGCUAAGAGUUAGUGCUUCUCACACACACACACACAGCAGCUUCAGGAAAUGAGUGAUCGAAAGCCAUGAAGGAGGAGAGGACUGUGGGUAACAUGUCUUUUCAUCUUCCCUUUCCUUCGUUGCAGUAUGGGUAUUUGGUAAAGGAAGCAACAUAUAGGAGAAUGUUGGCUCAUUUUUAUGUUUUAUAUUCAGAUUUGGUUUUAUGUUUAAAGGUAAUUCUGCAUUUAUAACUUGCCUCAUUUGCAAUAUGAACACUGGAAGUGUAAAUGUAUAUGUUGUUGAGGGGGGUUGUUUUUGUUUUUAGGCAGGCUAACAAAUUAUUAAAUAUUUUAAUAACUUAUGACUUUGAUACCUCUAAAAGAUGAUGGUUUGUGUAGUUCUAGAUUGAUCAUGUAAAAUUAUGCAAAAUGAAGAUCAGCUUUGCUGUCCUUCAUCCAAUGGGAUGCCGUUUUAAAUUAAUUGACAGUAUUUUCUCACACUCUGUGUGUGUGUGUGUGUGUGUGUGUGUGUGUGUGUGUGUGUGUGUGUGUGUGUGUGUGUGUGUGUGUGUGUGUGUGUGUGUGUGUGUGUAUAUAUAUGUGUGUGUGUAUGUGUGUGUGCACACGCAUGCGUAUAUAUGCUUGGGGAAGGGUGUGUAAACAUGCUGUGAAGAAUUAUGGUGUAGAAAAAAUGGCACAAUGCCAGCUGUAAUGAUGAGGCUGCCAUAAUUUUAUCCAUGAGGAUGAGUGACAUCAUUCAUGUAUUUGGCUGACCACUUUUGUCAGUGGUAAACAGUAAGCAAGUCAGAUCACAGAUUUAAGAUUAUCAAGGUUAAACGUCUUGCACUGGAUUUUAAAAUGCAAAAAAAAUAAAAUAAAGUACAUCAGUGAUGAGGUCUUUUAGAAAAAUUGGAGUAGUGAUUGCUUUUGAGUUUAAAAAAAAAAAAAACUGGAAAUUUGUGAAAGUGCAUUUUCAAGUCAACUUCAGUAGGACACAACUUGUAUUUCUGUGGUUUUAUUGGACUUUUGAUUAGCCUUUAAUUUUUGUUUGCAAAAUCAAAACACAGUAUGGACUCUGUUCAUUCUACAGAAUCAGGGCCAAAGCCCUCUUUUGGCCUCUGAGGCAAGAAUGGUUUAUUGGAUGUGUUUUAGCACAUCAUAGCUCAGACAAACCAAGUUACCAAGUUGCUGAUCAAUGGGUCAGGUCUUUGAUUGAUUACUUGUAUGUUGUAUUGUCUACAAAGACCAUAUAUCUAUUAUAAACUAUAUUUUUUGGUAAAUUUAACCGUUUUAAAAUGGUUGAUUGGUUUGAAAGUGUUCAUCUCUAUGAAAUUUGUACUAUUUUGUAAAAGAAUAAAAGUCCUUACUAUAUUUGA